AUGAGCGCACGCCCGGCUCCACCCGCACUCGGGGAGGUGCGCAACCUUGCGCCCAAGUCGCGGGCGGAGCGCCACGGCACUGUCCACAAGGAGGACCUCGAGAAGAUGCGCCUCUCUCAGCGGAGGGAGUGCUUCUACCACUAUGAGCCAAACUCGCUCACGCCGCCGCCCGACUCGCUCAGCCACAUCGCAGAGUCGGAUCGGUUCGAAACCAACGCGGCGGCGGCAGAGAAGGCGUCGCGCAACGCAGUCCUCAUGCGUAAGGAGCAGGUCCUCCACGCGAAGCGCAUCGCCCGCACACACGCGGAGGAGGAGCGAUGGCGCGUGGUCGAGGCAGAGCACGAGGCGGAGCUGGCCCGGCACGAAGCGAUGGCGCGCGAGGGGACGUUCUGCAAGAGCAACAAGACGUCGAUGCCGUACGACCCCAUCACGCUCCAGUACGGGGAGGGGAAGGACGGCCAGUGCCUCCGCUACUCCGACGAAUCACUCCGGUACCGUGCGGCCAUGCGCGCCGCCAACCUGCAGCAGAGAACAAACGUCGCGGGCUUCAACCCAAUCACGGGGGAGGAGACGGCGCGCGUUCCCGUCCCGGAGAAACCCGUGCUACCGGAGUACUUGCAAGGAAUCAUCCCGGGCCACUGA